CCCUGGAUGAAUAGAACUCACCUCUGGGCUCAGAAGCUAAGAAUAGGACUUUAAAAUACCUCAUUGCAUUUCCCCAUGGGCUUUGUCUGGUGAAAUAUGUCAAGCUCAGAGACUGAUGGCUGAAGCCCAGGAGAACCUGUACAUAACAUGAAUCCAAAUCUUUAGAUUUGCUGUUUCCCCCUUCCUCUUAGCUCAGCAAGGAAAUGGCUGGGCACCCUGCCCUUUUCCCAGGGUCUUUAAAACAAAAAACAAAAAACAACAACAACAACAAAAAAACGGGAUAUGUGGAAAAUACAGAUGGAAGGGGGGUAAGGGGCUGGGAUAAUUUUUUUUAUGGCAUUUGGGUACAGGGAUAGGGUACAAUUGGAGGCCAAGAACAUCAUAGAUAGUUAGAACUCAAACCACUUCUGUGCACUUUAGAAAUAGACUUCAGGCGUCAGCACAAAUCUGAGGAGAGACACACAUCCACAUACAAGGAAAAACACACUCACAAACUCAAACUGCAAUUCUGUACCUCUGUAGACACAUUUAACCUAACAUGAUUUCUGUGUUCCUCGAGGUCACAGCUCCGAGGUACUUAGUGGCCUCAAGGAAAGAGUCCCAAUCCUGAGGGACCCCAGAACAUUCUCAUGGUUUACCAGUCCACCAACCUUAGAGCUGGGGUGGCUCAAACUCAAUCCCAGCCCCAGUUUUCAGCACAAGAAACCCCAAAAGAAGAAGAGAUGAUUGAUUACUGGUCAGUCAGAUGCCCACAGACGGACCCCUGGAAGAGUCAUCCUUCAUUGUGUGGAAAGGAAAUAGACGUCAUUUCAUCCCGACUCCAGCAGGGGGGAGACCAGGGAACAGGACAGACACCUGUGUCUCUGGCUGUGAUCAUGCCCCAGAACUUCUCUUGGUUUUACAAAUCACUGUGAGCCCUCCUCUGAGGGAUAAACAACCAGUGAUGUGGGGGUAUUGUGUUCCUCUCAGGGGAGGGGUUUAGUCAGCUAAACAUAAACCCCAACUUGUGCUAUUCUUCAUAAAACGACUUUAAAGCCCAUAGGUAUGUGUGGAAGGGACAGAGGCAGGGGUUCUUAAAUCCGAUUACAGACAAGCUGCUCUCCUGUCUCAUUCCUGUGUGGAGACCCAGGUUUCUAACCCAGCGACCCAUGAACAUCAUGAGGACUGCAGCCCCCACUCUGCACAGCCCUCCAGGGAGGCCUGGGAGCUGCUGCUCAGGAACCCCCACCGAAGAAGUCUCAAACUAAACCCCAUGGGAGAUGUUCCAGACUGAGAACUUUCCCCACAAAAUGCUACCCCUGUGGGACAUUAAGACUGAGAGGCUGCACAGACUCUCCCUGCAUCUGGGAGACUAAAAGACAACCCUGAGGAGGGUGCUGAGCCUCAGAGCUCCCCAGGGGGGAGUCAGGAUGUCCACAAGAGACCCUUUCGAGUUGUUGGCUGCCUCUACCUCCUGACCCCUCCUAGACCCCAGAGUCUCCCUGUGCGCUCCCCUCCCAUUCACCUUCCUGUGGUGGCGCUUGCUGCAGCCCUCCCUGGUUGCUUUAUUUAUUUAUUUUGCACCAACAGGGUUGCUGCAGACUCAUUCUCGCCUGGUUUAAAAAGAGAGAGAGGAAAAAAAAAAAGGAGAAAUGCUUUCUGGCUCUUUUCUCUACCUCGGUCUUGGCAGCAGCGGCCACAGCAGCGACAGCAGCCACAGUGGGCAGGCAGGCGGGCGGGCGGGCGGGCAGCGGGUGGCAGGCGGUGAGGAGUGAGACACACCCGGAGGUACAGCCAGCCCCCACCCCAGCCCUGGGGUGCAGCUUGAAUGGGACGGCCCCCAGCCCCAGACAGAUGCAGUGUCCAACUUGAUGCCGCCCUCCAGCUUCUCCGGAAACUUUCCCCACUGGAGUCAGGCUCAACUAGGGUUCCAUGAGCCAAUAAGCACUUGGCCUGGUGUCCAGGGCUAGGGGCAGGAGGAAAAUAGAGAUUCUCCGAAGAGGAGGCCCAGGAGGCACCCAAGGAAGUGGUCCACCAGUGGUGCUUCCCGGGUCUCCACCCUACUUGCUGGCAAUGCUGAGACAGAUACCUCCAUCUCUCUCUCCUCUAAGGAGGCCCAGGGAAGGCCGGGGUCACCAUCACCUGAAGUCACUUUCCAUAAAGGACCAUGUCAUCAUCUAUUCCAGGACUGAAGAGGGUAUGGCCAUGGCCACAGCUCCAAAGCGAGCCUGGCCCCUUUGGCCCCCUCUCCUGUUCCUGCUCCUUCUGCCCGGAGGGAGCUGCGGCGGGUGCCCUGCUGUCUGUGACUGCGCCUCACAGCCCCGGGCAGUGUUUUGUGCCCAUCGGCGACUGGAGGCUGUGCCUGGAGGACUCCCACUGGACACUGAGCUCCUGGACCUGAGUGGGAAUCGCCUGUGGGGGCUUCAGCGUGGCAUGCUCUCCCGCCUGGGCCUGCUCCAGGAGCUGGACCUCAGCUACAACCAGCUGUCCAGCCUGGAACCCGGAGCCUUCCAUGGCCUCCAAAGCCUACUCACCCUGAGGCUUCAGGGCAAUCGGCUACGAAUCAUGGGGCCUGGGAGCUUCUCAGGCCUACCGGCCCUCAGGCUGCUGGACCUCCGCCUCAACCAGAUUGUCCUAUUCCUUGACGGAGCCUUUGGGGAGCUGGGCAGCCUUCAGCAGCUGGAGGUGGGGGACAACCACCUGGUGUUUGUGGCUCCAGGGGCCUUUGCAGGGCUGGCCAAACUGAGCACCCUCACACUGGAGCGCUGUAACCUCAGCACGGUGCCCGGCCCAGCCCUGGCCCGCCUCCCGACACUGGUGGCUCUCAGGCUUCGAGAACUGGACAUCGGGAGGCUGCCAGCCGGGGCACUCCGGGGCCUGGGGCAGCUCAAAGAGCUGGAGAUCCACCACUGGCCAUCUCUAGAGGCCCUGGAGCCCGGGAGCCUGGCAGGGCUCAAUCUUAGCAGCCUGGCCAUCACCCGCUGCAAUCUGAGCUCCGUGCCUUUCCAAGCACUCCAUCACCUGAGCUUCCUGAAGGUCCUGGAUCUAUCUCAGAACCCCAUCUCAGCCAUCCCAGCCCGAAGGCUCAGUCCUCUUGUGCGGCUCCAGGAGCUCCGCAUGUCUGGCGCAUGCCUCACCUCCAUUGCCGCCCACGCCUUCCACGGCCUGACCGCCUUCCACCUCCUGGAUGUGGCAGAUAACGCUCUUCAGACCCUAGAGGAGACAGCCUUCCCUGCUCCAGACAAACUGGUCACCCUGAGGCUGUCCGGCAACCCCCUGACCUGUGACUGUCGCCUCCUCUGGCUGCUACGGCUCCGCCGCCGCCUGGACUUUGGCGCAUCGCCCCCAGCCUGUGCAGGACCCCGGCAUGUGCAGGGGAAGAGCCUGAGGGAGUUUUCAGACAUCCUACCUCCAGGGCACUUUACCUGCCAACCAGCCCUGAUCCGAAAGUCCGGGCCGCGAUGGGUCAUCGCAGAGGAGGGGGGGCAUGCCGUUUUCUCGUGCUCCGGAGACGGAGACCCAGCUCCGACUGUCUCCUGGAUGAGGCCACAGGGGGCUUGGCUGGGAAGGGCUGGGAGAGUGAGGGUCCUAGAGGAUGGGACGCUGGAGAUCCGCUCAGUGCAGCUACAGGACAGGGGAGCCUACAUCUGCGUGGUCAGCAAUGUUGCUGGGAAUGACUCCCUGAGGACCUGGCUAGAAGUAAUCCAAGUGGAACCGCCAAAUGGCACCCUCUCUGACCCCAAUAUCACCAUGCCAACUAUCCCAGGGCCCUUCUUCCUAGACAGCAGGGGGGUCGCUAUGGUGCUGGCAGUGGGCUUCCUUCCCUUCCUCACCUCCGUGACCCUCUGCUUUGGCCUCAUUGCCCUCUGGAGCAAGGGCAAAGGCCGGGUCAAACAUCACAUGACCUUUGACUUUGUGGCCCCUCGGCCCUCUGGGGAUAAGAACUCUGGGGGUAACCGGGUCACUGCCAAGCUCUUCUGACCUUUCCUUCCAUGGUGGAAUUCCAGCCAAGAUAUCAGAAGGGAAGAAAACCAAGGCUCCUUGGACCAGAAGCUAGUCCCACACUCGCUUGCCUCGCGCCAGCAGCUAAGGAUGGUCUGCCUCCCCCUGCUUUUGCAGUUUGAGGGUCCCAGGGAGCAGAAGAUACAGAUCCACAGUCAGCCCAGCCCUCCCCAACCACCCUUCCCCCAACAAAGCAGGAAACAUCCCCAAGGCUCCAGUCUACUUGCUCGCACUUAUGCCCUUUAACAAUCACUACCAGCUGCCAACCACAGCUAUAAGAUUAUUGCAGAGGUGGGGCUGGGAAGUGCCGCUUGCUUCUCAGUGUUUCUGCUCCUCAACCAGUCAGUCUCCCUCUUUUUUUCUGCUCUGUCCCCUCCCCAGGCACAAGGAACUAGGGCCAAGGACCUCAGGGUAGUAAGAUGUGAAUAUGCGAUAGCGGUGUGGGGGGGGGGGGGCCCUGUCACACUACACAUUGGCGCUAUGUCUGCAUGAGCCUCCAAUACCUGUCCCAUCUGUCACAUCAUUAAACUUGCUGCCAAAUGGCCAUGACAGUUGCAGCCUAAAUGAAGUGUGAUA